AUGUCAUCCCUCAAGCAAUUCAUUCGAAAUGUCCGCUCUGCUAAGACAAUUGCCGAUGAGCGGGCUGUCAUUCAGAAAGAGAGUGCUGCGAUUCGGGCCUCGUUCCGAGAAGAGAGCCACGACUCUGGCGUUCGGAGGAACAAUGUCGCCAAGUUGCUGUACCUGUUUACCCUCGGAGAACGGACUCACUUUGGUCAGAUCGAAUGUCUGAAGCUGCUCGCCUCGCACCGAUUCGCCGACAAGCGACUGGGCUACCUGGGAACGAUGCUGCUGUUGGAUGAGAACCAGGAGGUGCUUACACUUGUGACGAACUCUUUGAAGAAUGACCUCGGUCACUCAAACCAAUAUAUCGUCGGUCUCGCCCUUUGCGCACUCGGCAACAUCGCUUCCAUCGAGAUGUCUCGUGACCUUUUCCUCGAAGUCGAAAACCUCAUGUCAACUGCGAACCCUUACAUUCGCCGGAAAGCGGCCAUCUGUGCCAUGCGGAUAUGUCGCAAGGUUCCUGACCUGUACGAACACUUCCUCGAGAAGGCGAAGACUCUCCUCGGUGACCGAAACCACGGUGUCCUGAUUUGCGGUCUCACAUUUGCGACGGAUCUUUGUGAAGCGGAGGAGGAAGAGGAGGGUCCAGAGGGUGUGAUCGAGAUGUUCCGACCACUCGCCGGAGGCCUCGUGCGCGCACUGAAGGGGCUGACGACUUCGGGCUACGCCCCGGAGCACGACGUUUCCGGUAUCACAGAUCCUUUCCUUCAGGUCAAGAUCCUCCGUUUCUUGCGCGUAUUGGGCCGAGGAGAUGCGGCUACCAGUGAAAUGAUCAAUGAUAUUCUGGCCCAAGUGGCAACCAACACCGACUCUUCGAAGAACGUCGGCAAUUCCAUUCUAUACGAGGCCGUUCUCACUAUCCUGGAUAUUGAAGCCGACUCAGGAUUGAGGGUUCUGGGUGUCAACAUCCUGGGUAAGUUCUUGGCGAACAAGGACAACAACAUUCGUUACGUUGCUUUGAACACCCUGAACAAGGUUGUUGCAAUCGAGCCGAACGCGGUGCAAAGACAUCGCAACACUAUCCUGGAAUGUCUGCGUGAUCCCGAUAUCAGCAUUCGCCGGCGAGCGCUUGAUCUCAGCUUCAUGUUGAUCAACGAAGGCAAUGUGCGCGUGCUCGUCCGGGAGCUCCUGGCUUUCCUGGAAGGGGCCGAUAAUGAAUUCAAGCCGUCUAUGACAACUCAGAUCGGUAUUGCCGCGGACCGAUUUGCGCCCAACAAGCGCUGGCACAUGGAUACCAUUCUCCGAGUUCUCAAGCUGGCUGGGAACUACGUUAAGGAGCAGAUUCUUUCUUCCUUUGUCCGUCUAAUUGCGACUACCCCCGAACUGCAGACAUACGCCGUCCAGAAGCUCUAUUCUUCCUUGAAAGAGGAUAUCUCUCAAGAGGGACUGACUCUCGCAGCGACUUGGUCGAUUGGUGAAUAUGCCGAUAGCCUCUUGCAAGGUGGCCAAUAUGAAGAGGAGGAACUCGUCAAGGAGGUUCGGGAAAGCGAUCUUGUCGACCUUUUCAUGAACAUUCUCAACAGCACCUACGCCUCUCAGAUCGUGAUCGAAUAUAUCAUUACCGCGUCCAUGAAACUCACCGUGCGCAUGACAGAUGCCUCCCAAAUUGAGCGUCUCCGUCGCUUCCUUAGCAGCCGAACCGCCGAUUUGAGUGUUGAGAUCCAGCAGCGUGCCGUCGAAUAUACCAAUCUGUUUGGAUAUGACCAAAUCCGACGUGGUGUUCUGGAACGUAUGCCAGCUCCCGAGAUCUGUGAGGAACAGCGUGUGCUCGGUGCUCCGACAGCGAAGAAGCGCCAGAGCAAGAUUGUUCGCGGCAAGUCCACCAAGACGGCUAAGCCUACCGGUGACCACGACUUGCUUCUUGACCUGAUGGGUGGCUCUGAUGCCCCUGUCACGAGCCCGACAUCUAAUAGCUCAAACACCGCCGAUCUGCUGGCAGAUAUCCUUGGCGGAGACUCGGGUUUGUCGUCGCCUGCCCCAACGCCCGGCCCUCAAGGUUCCUCAAGCAAGAACGAUAUUAUGGGUCUCUUCGGCUCGAACGGUGCUUCGCCUUCUCCUCAGCCAAGUCAGCAAUCUUCUUCGGGGCUGGACUUGCUGGGAGGUGGCAUGGGCGCUUCUGCGCCCUCGCCUGCUGCUUCCCCUGCUCCUGUUGCUGCUUCAACUCCCGCACACAACGCCUACAAUAAGGAUGGCUUGGCGCUUGCUCUGCAAGUCCAGCGUAGCGGCGCCACUGCUCAAAUUGUGGCCAAGUUCCGCAAUGAGUCUAACUUUGACCAUUUCUCCAAUGUUGGUCUGCAGGCUGCUGUGCCUAAGAGCCAGAAGCUGCAACUGAGCGCUAUCAGCAAGGCUGACCUGGAUGCCGGUGAUGAGGGUGUCCAGACGCUGCGUGUGACAGCACUUAAUGGGGCCCUUCCCCCCAAGCUCCGCAUUCGUUUCAGAGUGACUUCUGCCCGGGACGGUGGAGACCCAGUCACCGACCAAGUGGAUUGGUCUGAGCCAUGA